AUGGAUCUCUCUAGUAACUCCUUGUGUCGUGCUGCCUCGUUUGGUUCCCAGGAAUCUCAAACAAACUCUGGAUCUUCCGCUUCGUAUUUCAACUUCGACGAGACCGAACUGGACUUCCUGUGGAGUGAGGGCAUCGAAGUCGAGGAUGUGGCCUGUUUUUCAUUUGAGCGAGUUGACCAGCUGGACAGAAAUCGGGAGGCGCUUGUGAGCUUCAGGGAGAAAGUGGAGCUGUGGCAGUACGCCCAGGAGAUAAGGAAGCAGAGGUCACAGUGGGUUCGGAACAGCCUGCUCUCCCCGGAGGAACUGGACGAUCUCUACGGUUUGGGGGAUCGACUCGAGUCAGCGUGUCCCGAUGACGUACCGGACGUCUCCCUGCCCGCCAAGGUUUCAGUGGACAGUGAAUCGUCGGCCAGGACGUCGCCGGUUGGGAACACCGACACUCCGGCUCCGUGGCGGCUGUGCACGCCAGCGUCCUCACUGCAGGGUCGAGUGUCCUUCUGGAAGAGGGUGCGCCAAGUGUUUGAGCCCAAGCAUCCACUAACACGGGAGCGAAACUUCCGGCGCCGUGCCAUGAGUUUCCCGAUUGUGUCCCCACUGGCUCGCCCAACAGCCCGUGAACCUGACAGCGAUGGCUGGUGCUCCAUCUUUAGGAACAUCAUGGGUCGACCCCUUCGUGGGUCUUCGCAGCGGAUGUAGUCAGUCCCCGACUUUCGCUUCCCCCUCCCCUGU